ACAGAAAUAGGGGACAACACUCAGCAUGACUGAGUCACAGAAAGAGGAAAUAGUUGAAACCACGGUGGUCCAGUUUCCUCUUAUUCCAGGUAGGUGCAGGUCAGUGUGAGCCACACAGCAGCUCAUGUCAGCCAUCAGUGACGGAGGACGUCAAAAGCUGAUGCGGUCGGCAACAGCUGCAGAGAAAAAAAUAGAUGAAAGCCACAAAAAAGAAGUGGCACUUUAUUGAUUAGAGGAAGUAGAUUCAACAGCUCUCUGUGAGGAGCUCACAGUUAGAGACUCACAAGUACAGGAGCAGAGAGAGAAGAGAGGCACGAUGGUUGAAUUCAGAUGGAUUAAAAUGUCUUUAUUUCUGAUGCUGGUGCUUCACUUUACAGCUGCCGCAACCAGACAGUCUGUCUCCUCCUUCACUGUCAGAGUUGAAGAUGACGUCACUUUGCCUUGUAACAAUGUGAUAGAUGGUCAGAAUAACUGUGACAGCACAACAUGGCUCUUCAUUGGUUCAAGAAGCAGAUCAGCAGUAGAGCUGGUCAUACAUGGACAGAUUCAUGGACAUGCAAAAGCUAAAUCAGACAGACUGAGUGUUACAGAGAAAUGUUCUCUGGUUAUAAAGAAUGUCACAGUCGAGGAUGUUGGACGUUAUGAUUGUCAGCAGUAUGAAUAUAGAGGAGCUCCAAAUAGUUCUCCAGACUCUGAGGUUUAUCUGUCUGUUGUCUCCAUGACUGAACAUCAGAACCAUGAUGAGGUGACAUUAAACUGCUCUGUGUGGACACAUGGACCAUGUAGACACACAGUGAAUUGGCUGUAUGAGGGUAAAGAGGUGGUGAAAGUUAAACAAGAAGUGAAGACAUCACAGUCUCUCUGUUCUGCCUCUGUGAGAGCUCCAUCUUAUCAUUACAUUUACAAGUCAGAGUUUAAAUCUGUGCAGUGUUCAGUGACUGAUGGUGACAAAGAGCAGCAGCUGUUUCCCUUCAGACUUCAGUCAUCAGGAAAGAAACCAGGUGAGGGGAUAGUGACAACAACAACAACAACAACAACAACAACAACAACAACAACAACAACAACAACAACAACAACAACAAAACCACUACCACCAACCAAUGAUGCUUCAACCAAACAAAUAGAUUGGCGGUGGCUGCUCAUCAUUCUGGCUGUGGUCCUAGUGGCACUUUCAAUCAUUGUUGUGAAAGUCAUCAGGAGGAAGAGAGCUGAGGAGAGCAAAUCACAGAUGGAGGACGAUGUUGCUGAUGCUGAAGAUGGUGUCCACUACGCCUCCGUCAGCUACAACAAGAACACUCACAGCAAAGCAAAGGUUCAGGGUAAUAGUGAUGAUGAAGAAGGUGGUGAUGUGACCUACACAAUCGUGAAAGCUUCCUCCACUGAUCCCAGCUGCCUCUAUGCUACUGUCAAAUAAUGAAACAAACCAGGCUCAUGUGAUGAGAUCUUUGUUCUCUGUUAAUGUCUUUAAUGAUCAUGUUUCUUCUCAUAGUGCGGGUGUAGUGGGUUAACAUGUGUCAGAGUAUAUAAUGUAUAUAUAGAUGGAUGCUUAAAAUGUACAUUUGCAUAAUAUGUGAUACAAUUUGCUUGAUGAACUGCCUGUUGUGCACUAUAGUUUUUCCAUUAUUGUUGCUACUUUGUUAUUUAAUAUGCAAUCAGUUGAAUGUGUAUGCUUUAAAUAUCCUUGGAUGAAAGUAUUCAAAGCAAACUGAAAGGAGUUGGGAUGAGACAUGAUUUAUAUUAGAAAAACAUAAAUGAUGAUAGUUGGAAAGUAGCCUGUAUGGCUAAAUCUGGCACAUUUAGACAUUUAGACAUGUUAAUUUGUACCCAUAGAUGAAUUUAGCCCUGGUGGAAGAAGUAUCAAAAAAAUGGUGUAAAAAUACUCAAGUAAACGUCUUAGAAGUAAAAAGUUUCAACAACAGCACUGACUGUUAAGAUAAAAUGGCCUCUGCCAGUGUGAUAUUACUAUAUAUUAUACCAGUUGAAUAUUUUGCUGAGGCAUUGAGCAGCAUUUUCAUGUUCUUGGUAAAUCAACCUAUAUUUCAUACUGUUGAGUGAUUUAAUUUAAUGAGUUACAAUGUAUUGUAUAUUAUUUACACAUUAUAGUUUUUCAAAAUUAAUCUGCAGAGUUUAACCCGCAAUUUACAUUUAUU